AUGCGCCGGCCACGCUGCCCCGCGCCGCUUCUCCCGCUGGCGGCGCUCCUGCUACUGCUGGCGAUGCACUGCGCUGGCGGGUGCCUCGCCGCCGCCCCCGCCCUCAACCACCGCUGCAACUUCGACGAGGCGAUGCGGAAGAGCGGCCCGCUGCCGACGGCGGUGGUGCGUGAGGUGCCGCGCAGGGGAGAGGGCGCGGCGCAGGCGUACACCGCCGCUGCCGCCACCGCAGGAGGAGGAAAGAGCAACGAGGGGUGGGCGCCGAUCCGCAUCGUGGUGUCCACGGAGGACCUGACUGACUCGAGGAAGCACUGCAAUGCAACUGGAGUGGACCGCACGGACUUCAGCCGCGGUCUGCUGCGUUGCCAGGAGCACCACGUAUUGACCGCGGAGAAGAAGAAGCUGUACGAAAGCUUUCUUCUCCCCCGCGCCGUCAAGCUGCACACCGACCGACUCCUUGUCAAACCCCUGGCCGGCGCCUUGGUUGUGCCAAGCAAACUUCCUUUUCCGUGCUAUAUGUUUGGGGUUCCCGCCGACCACAAGUCGACGGGUGUGCGUAACGCCGACAUGGUCCUCUACGCUGCUGCUGGGCCGAUGAAUGAUGGAGCAGCCGCCGUGGGGAUGAUGUGCGCUGUGCUGGAGGAUGGUCGUCCGUCAGUUGGUGUCGUGAACUACAAUCCGGCCCAAAUGGUCGGAACGGAGCUCGCCGUCCGCGUCCUCGCGCACGAGAUUGCGCACGCCCUGGGGUUCGGUUUCGACAACCUGAAAAACAGGAGCCUCGUGUCCUACAAGCAUGGGCUGCGCGGGAAGUCGUCGGUGAUGAUGGUGGCCGGAAGCAACGUCAAGGCGAAGGCGAGAGCCCACUUUAACUGCGAUUCGCUCGAGGGCAUGGAGCUGGAGGACAAUGCCGUGUGGAGCGCGGGGUCCCACUGGAAGCGGCGCAGCGCCAUGGAGGAACUGAUGGCCCCCACCGUCAGCGACGGCCGCUACACGGCGCUGACGAUGGCGGCGUUUGCGGAUAUGGGCUACUACGGCGUAAAUUGGGGCAUGGCGGAGCCAAUGGCGUGGGGCAACGGCACCGGCUGCGGCUUCCUGGAGAAGAAGUGCACGGAGCUCGACAACUCCAGCACCGCCUACCCCCACAUGCUAUGCAGCCCCUCCGACAACACGACACUUCGCUGCACAUCCGAGCGCCACCACGUCGGGAGGUGCACCGGAUUGAAUUUUGACGGCAACGGGGACAGGUGCCCCUACGUUUCGCUGUUUUUCGUCGGGCCUGCGGACGGGGGCUCAGGUCGCAGCAGGUGUUCGGACGCGAGCGUGACGUCUCUCCCCGGCUCGCUGACCGGCCAGGGCUCGUGGUGCCUCGAUGCGGAAUCGCUGCGGGUGAAGCAGCGGCCGGAGGGCAGCGAGUCGGAGGGCGUCAGCGGCGUGUGUGCGCAGGUGCGGUGCGGGGAGGGCACGGUGCAGGUGAAGCACCUCGGCAACGAUGCGUGGCACGCGUGCCCCGAGGGCGGCGAAAUCGAGGUGGCGGCGUCGGAGCACUUUGAGGGCGGCGGCAGGAUCAAGUGCCCGAAGUUCGCCGAGGUGUGCACCGUCGCCGCGGACGGCAGCGGCUUUCCCUUCGACGGGGAGGCGGAGGGGCUGCAGCGCGCGAACGCGGGCCCCCCGCACACCUUCUCAGGCGGCGUCCUCCCGUGGGCACGGAACGCCUACGCCUACAUCACGGGCGGCGACGGCAGU